AUGCUCCAAACACUAAUGUACAGUCCAAAAUACGAUUUGAACUCCAGAUCAUUACAAUCUAUUAACUCCGUUUCUAAACAGUUGAACAUUCAUGCAUUUGAGUUGAAGUUGCUUCACACGUUUCGUACGUCGGUAGGUCCAUUUGUUGCACAUAUGGAUGGUCCAAUCAAAAGUUUUAUUAUGAACGAUACAGUAGCGUUAUUUCUUGAGUCAGAAGUUGUUAGAAAUAGUAUCUUCAGUUUGGCAUGUGUGAACUCAUGGCAAUUUUGCAAAGAGAAAUCAGUUAUACCAAUGGUUUCGUUGGUCAAGAGGGGAAAAGUAGAAAUCGGAACUAGAAGUAGCUUAUUUGGUUUCCAUUCCUCUAUCAAGGAUGUUUCUAUACCGACUUUAUUUGAUAAAGACUUUGAUUUUUUGGAAGGAAUCAACCAAAGUUUAUAUGCUUUAACUUCCAAAUAUUUUGCUAACUUGGUGACUGGUUGUAACGAUAUUAUGAUUAACAGAGUUGACCGACUGUCAGGAACAGUAGUGGUGGACCCUAAAGAUGCCUUGAUAUUGCAAAUUGGAGUGAUGGUUAUAUUCACAUUUAUAGGUCUGCAUGGCCAUGGGUUGGUACCACUAGUGAAUUUUGAUGAAAAUGACGAGUAUGUAUACCACUAUGAUCAAAUUAUCAAUAUGAAUACAGAUUUUUUGACGAUCAGUCACAAUCUCGCUGCUAUGGCUGAAGUGUCCUUGUACUCCUCCACAGGUGCUACACUUAGAAAACCAAUCCAUACAAGAAACCCAACCAUGGUGUAUCCUAUCAUUGUUAAAUUGACCCAUGAACUUAAUGUAACAGAUAUCCCUGGUACGUCUAAGUUGAACAUAAGGAGAAGUAUUGGAAUCUUGGAUGGAUGUUUGACAAUUUCAGAUAAAAACAAUUAUCCGCUACCCAGUUUCAAGUUUUUGGUUUUGAUAAGGGAACCAUUCAGAAACUUGGUAAGAGAUAAAGAAUUCUUUGCCUUAAGAGUUCUUUAUGCUUUUGCAUUCGUAUGUGAAAUCUCUCAGUUUGGUUUAUUUAAAGAUAAAAGUAUCUGGAGAGAUUACAUGGCAUGGUUUAAAAAUUACAACAUGAAAAUGGGUAGAUGGCAAUACAACUUAGAUUAUAUCCUUUGGUUCAUCAUCGAACAUGAUAUAAAGUUAUACGCAUUGACCACCACUCAGUUUGUGUAUACUGAUCCAGAAAUCAUAUUCAAUGAUUAUAUCUUGGCCAAUCCUGAAUUUGACCUAGACGACUCAUUUCCAUUUUCUUCUUCUGUUGGAAGGAGCACUGACUUUGAAGAAAGCGGUCUGUUGAUUGGUUUUGAAGAAUAUAAUGCCUUUACAAACCCAAAAGAUAACAACUACGACAUGAAUUUGAUGACAAUUUAAAACAAAAUUUCAAUAGAAUCAGCCUAGAUGAUAUAUAGAUAUCUUAAUUGAAAUAAAUAUAAUAAAUA